UAGACAAGCUCUUAAAUUACAGCUUCAACAACUUGAAAAAGAAAAGCGAAGUAUGUCGGACUUGUUGACAGUGGCUACCACCCUUCCAUUUCAAUCGUCCAGUAAUGAAGAUGUAUUAGACUUUUUAACAGAACAAGGUAAAGAUAUGGAGAACCUAACAGCAACAAUCAACACAACCUGUGAUAUCAUCUUACAGUCAGGUUCUUCUGAUGAGACGAAUAAAGAUGAAAUAUUAGAAUUAUGUCGGGAGUGGAAUGUCUGUAUGACUUGUAUAACCAGUGAACUAGAAACUUUAACCCAGGGUAUAAUAUCCAUUGGCAGUAAUGCUUUACCCACUUUAAGGGAGAUAACUCAGGGAACAACGGCCAAAAUCAAACUGAAGUUGACGAAGGAAGCUGAAGUCUUAAAAGAGCUGUUACUGAUGGUAACACAGGGAGAUGCUACAGAGACAGAGAAGGCGAAUGACUUAGUGUUUGAUAUGUCUCAUAUACCAGAAGAACUGGAACUAGACGAUAGUCCCGCUAAAAUACGAAACGCUGAUAUAUACAAACAAUUAACUACAAAUAUCAUCAUCUCUAAAUGGAUUCUAAAGGGUUUACAGUCUGUUCGUGUUAUAACAUCAGCUACAUCUGAUUAUACGGUUCUUAUUGAUGAUCUACUGGACUCGACCCACGAUACAACAACACAGGCAGAUAUGAAGAAGAAAAUAAAUGAUUUUCAAUCCAAGAUGGCUGCCAUAAGACAAAAAGUAUUACAAGGCAUAGUUCUCUCCCCUGAUUUAAAUCAGCGAGCUGUUGUUAGAAAGUGUCUGGAUGAUAUUACUGAUAUUCUACCAUCUCUUGUAGACACUAUCCACCAGUCUGUAGAUGAUGAAGAUGAGAGAUCUACGUCUAUUAUUUGGCCAUUAAAACAUAAGAUUGGUGCGAGAUUACGAAGAAUUGUUUGUACAUUAGAAACGAUGACAGAAGUUAAACACAAACUAUUACAAGAGCUGAAAAAACUUCUUGAUCCAUCAAGUGAUAACUCAAGAUAUCAAUCCAGAACAAGUUUGAGUUUGACACCUUCCCACCUUAAAUCACCCUUUUCCACACCCUCAUCUUCUAAAAAGACGACACCACUGAAAGUCUCUCCUUCCACUCUGUCAAAUCCGAAAUGUCCACGAGUUGCUGGGUCAACGCUGAGAAAGAAAUCGUAUGGAGAUAACGAUACAUCCUACUCUAUGCAAGCAUUACAACCAAUUUAUGAUGAUCAAGACUCAAAAAGUCCUGGACAAUCUCCAUACCUGUUUAAAAAUUUACGGUCAGAACAAACAUCUACACCUAAAGAUGACAUCAACAAUUCCUUUGAUCAACGUAGAAUAACACUAGAUUUAAAGAGUAAUGUAAAUUACAUUGAAAGACAGAUAGAAAGAUGGAACGAGAAUAACAAUCCUGUUGUUAUGGUAACUGUAGAGUUAACACAUUACGUUACUAAUAUGGUGAAAUAUUGUGUCGGAGAAGGAUUAAUUGCUAAUAUUGAAGAAAUGAUAGAAGUCGCGGGUCGUGUUGUAGAUUGUGGUGUUAAAUUACGAGAUUUUGCUGUCACCGUUGCUAAUUUAGCCACAGAUUCAAGUCAUGCAGAUGAUUUGAUUUUAUCAACCAAUCAGAUUACUACAUCCUCACACCAGUUGAAAAUGAUUGCAAAAGUUUUUGUUUCCGCAACAAAAAAUCACCAGACAGAGAAAAUCUUGACGCGUAAUGCCCGAGAUUUAAUGCAGGGUGUUCGUGAUAUGUUUGAACUUGCUGAAAUCAUGUGUAUAAAGGGUUUAUCAUUAACGGGAGAGAAAACCAGAGAAGAGAUGGAUGCGUUGGCGCUGUUAAAAAGUUGGCAACGAAGAUUAUUAGAACAACGACAUGAAGAACUGAACAGUACAGAGUUGGAUGAACUCGGUUUACGUCGUGUGGAGGAACAUAAUCCUCCACGCCUGACUCAUUUAUUAGAUAAUGGAUAUUAUAUCUAAUCCUCUCUCUACCAUAGCGCCGCUGCCCAGGCAAAAUUUCUCUCAUAGCACACUGUUUCCUUUAUGCUUGCCUUCAGAAGCCCAGUUGGAGCAAAACAGUGGAAUUUUACCGCCCCCCCCCCCCCCAUUUCAUUUUUUAUCUACAGGACGAUUGACAUUUUGUUUUAUGAGGUUAGCAAAAUAGAAAUAGUUAGUAGCUACUGUAUAUGUGUGAAUAGUGACAUUAAUUUUGUUUUGAAUAUGUGUCCAACAUAGUUUCACAAGAUGAUGAAUAUAGUGGGGGGUUUCUGACUAGAUUAAAAAUAGCCUGUUCCUAUUAUAAAGACAUUUUUUAGUAGUGAAGCUUAUUCUGCCAUUAAAUAGGUCCAUUUUAUGGGGUUGAAAACUAUAGACUUUGAUAAAAGAUCCCCUUGAUGAAGAAAAAUGGAUGGAAUUGUCAUUGUCUGGACACAAUUCAACUGAUAAGUGAUAAUAAAGCAGUCUGUGACUUCUGAAUACAAGUACAUUCCUAUAUAAAUCUUUUUGCUAUGUCCGUAUUCAUUAUCUCGGUCGGCGCAGAAAAGUAGGAGUUAAAUGUCAUUUCACUCUUCACUUAUAAUGUUUUAGUUUAUCUUAUUAUAGGAGUUAUUAUGCUAUAUAUAUAUAUAUUUAAUAUAUAUAUAAAAUGAAAGUUGUUUGUUUGUUAUAUUAUACCGAAUGGUUAUAAAUUCUAAAAUAACUUCAUAAUAAUCAGAUAUUUUAACAUAUCUAUUCUGUAUUUGGUUAUGUAUUUAAUGAUGAAAUUGACAAUGAGGGCUAAAUCUGCAUAUUGUAAGUCUUUAAUUUGGCUAUCAACACUCUAGACCAGUAGUUCCCUUCCUUUGGUAGGUUAUGACCCCAUUCAAUAAACCAGCAUGUGGUUGCGACCCCUUGAAGAACAAAGUUACCUUUUACUAUGAAACAUCAUUAUUAACAGAUCAAAAUGUUCAUAAUAAGAGACUGAGGUAACACAUCGUAAGCGUGAGAGAGGAGUGACGGUUGACAAUUGUGGCAAGAGGUUUAUAGAUCAGAGAUUUCUAUGUUUUUCAUGAAAACAGUGCUCAGCGACUCCUGAAGUUGGGAAAGAUAAUAAAAUGAAAUGGGGUUUAACGUUCUACUCCUAUACUGGGCUAAUGAAGACGGUCAUACGCCAUACAGUGUACUAUGAGGGAAAUUUUGCCUGGGCAGCGGCACUAUCACCUACUCUUAUAUCGAAUUCCAACUGCCAGAGGAUCUCUUACGUGCAUUACAAUAUAUACACGGGACCUCAGUUUUCCGUCUCAUCCGGAGGACAAGACAGCAUUCCUUGUCAGGCCCUCCGUUCUGCACCACUGAAAAGGGGAAACCACGUCGGAAAAUCUGGAUGAACUUUCUCGGCCAAUGCAGGGAUCGAACACCUGACCUCAAGGCUAGCGAGCCAGCGUCUUAACCACCUAGCCACUAUGGUUCCCCUGAGGUUGGGAACCCAGGCUCUAGACCAAAUAGAUCGAAACACAACCGCCAUUUAAUGAUUUAAUUUUAAAAUGGUGAAUCAUGGCUCAGUCUCUAUUAACAAGUACCAUGGUUAUGAUAAUAAUCAAUCUAUGCCACAUCUUGUCAAAAUUUCAAACAUUCAUAACUUCGCUUAGAUAAAAGUAAUUUGAAUGAAAUUUUCACUAUAUUCAUUUUGAACUAAUAUUUUUGAACUAAUAUAAUAAGAACGGCCAACUCUUUACCUAAAUCUUAUAAUGUAUCCUUAAAGAUACAUUCUGGGAGAUUAGAUAAAGAGCUGGCAGUUCUCAUUAUAAUAGUUAAAAACUAGAUAAUGUAAAGGGAAUUUGCUGAAAAUUUCAGUCAAAUUGAUCCACUCUGAACCAAGAUUUUAGUGAUUGAAUUUUCGAACUAGCCUCGAUCAUCAUUACUAAAAUCGGUAAACAUCGUCUCGAUUAUCCAUUUCAUGAUUGAAUCAUGAAUGAAAGAUGAGCAGCAAAUCGGUUCCUAAUCCAGUAAACAUCGUAGGCUAGUGAUGACAUCUGACAUCGAGAGAUGAUUAUGGUCUGGAUAAGUUAAUUAAUGUCUAAUUAAUAGUUUAUAUAACAUUUCAGGUCUAAAGAAAGACCUAAAAUAGGCAGAUUUAGCUCUUGCAUAAUGUAUGUUUAAUGAUUAUUAUUGAAGUAUUAUAUGCAAGCAAGAAUAUAUCAGUAUUACUGACAAGGAAAGCUGUCUAGUCGUUCGGAUGGGACGAAAAACCGAGGUCCCGUGUACACAUUGGCAUGCACGUAAAAGAUCCCUUGGCAGUUGGAAUUCGAUAUAAGAGUAGGCCGUAGUGCCGCUGCCCGGGCAAAAUUUCCCUCAUAGCACACUGUAUGGCGUAUGCCCGUCUUCAUUAGCCCAGGUUAGGAGCAGAACAGUAGGACGUUAAACUCCAAUUCAUUUAAUCAGUAUUACUGCACAAACAGUAUUUGUUUUUGACAACUAAUUUAAAAAUUAGUAAUCUAACGCAACGUUAUAUUUAAGAAAUGUUUUUAACAGUGCGAGGUUCCUUUACAUUCCUGUACAACUGUCAUGGCUUGUUCAGUAUUUUUUGUAUUCCAUUCAUUCCUAGUCUCGAACAAUUGUCAUGGCUUGUUCCAUUAUAUUCCUGUACAACUGUCAUAGCAUUUUCAAUAUUUUUUGUAUUCCAUUCAUUCCUAGUCUUGUACAGUUAUCAUGGCUUGAUCCAUUAUAUUCCUUUACAACUGUCAUGGUAUUUUCGAUAUUUAUUGUAUUCCAUUCAUUCCUAUAGUCUUGUACAGUUGUCCUGGCUUGUUCCAUUAUAUUCCUGUACUACUGUCAUGGCUUGUUCAAGAUUUAUUGUAUUCAAUUCAUUCUUAGUCUUGUACAAUUGUCAUGGCUUGUUCCAUUAUAUAUGCCUGGCAUUUUCAAUAUUUUUUAGUCGUGUACAGUUGUCGUAGCUUGUUAAGUAUUAUUUUAUUCCUUUAAGACUUUGGUAAAACAUGCCUUAUAAUUAACUAGUCUUAUAUAUACUGUAUUAAAGAUUUUUACUACA